GCGGUCAUUUCGGACUGAAACACGGAUUAACAAAAUGGCGCAUUGAGUUCGGUUAAAAUCACGCGCCCCUCAAAAUAUACACCAAAUAUCCCUGAUUUAUUAGUUUUUUUUAUGCGUUUGGGGUUAUAAAGUUUAUAAAUCAAAGAUGUUUGUGGCGAAAAGCAUCGCCGCGGAUCAUAAAGAUCUCAUUCAUGAUGUUUCCUACGACUUUCACGGCCGGCGGAUGGCCACUUGUUCUAGUGAUCAAAGUGUCAAGGUUUGGGAUAAAAGCGACAGCGGUGAGUGGCACUGCACUGCGAGCUGGAAGACUCACAGCGGCUCGGUGUGGCGCGUGACGUGGGCUCACCCCGAGUUCGGCCAGGUUUUAGCCUCCUGUUCGUUCGACCGCACCGCCGCCGUAUGGGAGGAGAUUGUGGGCGAGUCGAACGAUAAACAGCGCGGCCUCAGUCACUGGAUUAAGAGGACGACGCUGGUGGACAGCAGGACGUCGGUGACGGACGUGAAGUUCGCUCCAAAGCACAUGGGUCUGGUCCUGGCCACGUGCUCAGCCGACGGCGUGGUUCGUAUCUAUGAGGCUCCAGAUGUGAUGAACCUGAGCCAAUGGAGCCUCCAACACGAGAUCUCCUGCAAACUCUCCUGCUCCUGUAUCUCCUGGAAUCCUUCCAGCUCACGUGCACACGCUCCGAUGAUUGCGGUCGGCAGUGACGACAGCAACGUGACCUACACUGGGAAAGUCCAGAUUUAUGAGUACAACGAAAACACCAGGAAGUACGCCAAAGCAGAAACCCUGAUGACGGUCACCGAUCCGGUCCACGACAUCGCCUUCGCCCCGAACCUCGGGAGGUCCUUCCACGUCCUCGCCAUAGCGACCAAAGACGUGCGCAUUUUCAAGCUCGUACCCCUGCGGAGAGAGAGCUCCACCAGCUCCGGACCCACCAAGUUUGAGGUGCAGUUAAUGGCACAGUUCGACAGUCACAACUCUCAGGUGUGGCGUGUGAGCUGGAACAUCACCAGCACGCUGCUCGCCUCGUCUGGAGACGACGGCUGCGUCCGCCUCUGGAAAGCUAACUACAUGGAUAACUGGAAGUGCACAGGGGUCCUGCGUGGUGAUGGAAGCCCAGUGAACAGCUCCUCGGUCUCAGCCGCAGGUCUGAACGCCGCCGUACCUUCAGGAGCUCAGAACAGCGGCAUGGGAGCUGUGAGCGCGGGCAGAAAAAAGACUCAACUGAUGCCAGGCUAACGGGGAAUGGCUGUUUGCUGCAUGAUACACUCACUCUCUCUCACACACACACACACACACACACACACACACACCUUCAGCCCCGCCCCCUUUAACAGUCACUCCUCAUCCUCAGUCCACUAAUCCAGCAGAGGCGAAUGCUGAGUGUGAAUAAAGGACCAAAUACACACACACACACACACACACACACACACACACACACACACACACACUGCCUGUGUUUGCGUGUGUUUGAUGUUCCACAGACACAGAUGGAUCACAUUUUUUUGUUUCAUGUUUUGUUGUUCAGUAAAAUUUACAAAUCAAUAAAAUAAAUCUAAUAAAAAUGGCAAAAAAAGAUAAUUGAAACCUUA